CUUUCAAGCACGGUUGAGAGGAUCCUCACGAGUGUAUCGACAUUACGCAUAAUGGUCAACUCCAGCACAGCCCCCUGAUGAUGAAGAACAAUGGGUUUGACCCUACUAGGUCUGUAAUUGUUCUCUACGGAACUGAAACCGGCACCUCUCAAGAUUUUGCUGAGGAAAUUGGUCGCUGCCUCGAGCGGCUCCGUUUCAACACAGACGUUGCCGGAUUGGAGAGCGUGAAUUACAACGACCUCCGCGUUUAUACCCUCGCCGUCUUUGUUAUCGCCACGACGGGCCAGGGAGAUUUCCCCGAAAAUGCUCGGAGGUUUUGGACCAGCAUCUUGCGCAAAAGGCUCUCGUCGACCACUUUGUUGGGCAUAGAAUAUGCUCUGGUCGGACUAGGCGAUAGCUCAUAUCCAAAAUUCAAUUUUGCAGCAAGGAAACUAGAGAAGCGACUUGGCCAGUUGGGAGCGACCUCAAUCAUUGAGUCUUGCGAAGCUGAUGAGCAAGGCGAUGAGGGUACUGAUGGUGCGGUCCUGGCCUGGCUAGAGCAAUUCCGGCAGACUCUCUUGACAAGAUUUCCACUUGGAGAUGGCCAACAACCUAUCCCGAACGAUGUGCUCCUCCCAAGCAAAUGGCGGCUGACAAGGAGGCCCACAAGUGCUGAAGAUGCUGGGGCACAUGAAGCCAGCAACGGUACAGAACUAGACCCUCCAGCUUCCGAGUCAUUCUCUUCAGAGUCGUUCGAGUCGACCUUGAUGGCAAAUGACCGUGUAACACCCACCGAUCACUUCCAAGAUGUCCGCUUUAUGACCCUCAAAAUUCUUCACACUAUUAGGUACUCACCAGGCGAUGCUAUCGCCAUAUUACCGCAGAACAUGCCGACGGACGUAACGUUCCUGAUCGAGCGCAUGAACUGGCAAGAUGUUGCCGACAUACCGAUCAGCCUCAUCUCAACGCGUAGACCAUCAACAUCCAACUCCGCCCACCUCGCCACGAGUCCGGUCUUCGGCCGGAAAGAUCUCACACUCCGGACACUUCUCACCGAGUACCUAGACAUCAAUGCCAUCCCUCGAAGGUCAUUCUUUGGGGCGAUAGCUAACUACACGACCGACAAUAUGCACAAAGAACGACUUCUCGAGUUCACCGACCCACAAUAUCUCGACGAGUACUACGACUACGCCACGCGCCCGCGACGGAGCAUCCUCGAGAUUCUACAGGAGUUCGACACCGUACAUCUCCCCUGGGAGGAAGUCACGAAUAUCUUCCCACCUAUGCGCCCGCGACAAUUUAGCAUAGCCAGCGGAGGGAAAUCGAAGCACUUAGACGACGGUUCAACGGUCUUCGAAUUGCUGGUGGCGAUCGUCAAAUACAGAACAGUCAUCAAACGGAUCCGCGAAGGUGUAUGUACGAGAUAUCUCGCACAGCUACCCGUGGGCACAAAGCUGCAGGUCUCGUUGAAGACGGAAGGUCGAUUCGCCAAAGCAUCAGAUAUGGCGGGCGAGAGCCAUCUACUCAUUGGCGCUGGCACGGGUAUCGCGCCUCUCCGAGCGCUGAUCCACGAGAAAGUCGCUCAAUAUCCGGUGGCAGGAAAGACAGCCCUAAUUUUUGGCUGUCGCAGCGCCAAGGCAGAUUAUUUCUUCGGUGACGAGUGGGCAACUCUGCAGUCCGUACCUGGAUCCGAUGAAGCUAGGCUGGACGUUAUCACUGCAUUCUCACGAGAUCAGAAGAACAAGAUCUAUAUCCAGGACCGCAUCCGCGAACGGAGCGACCUUGUCUGGGAAUACCUGCGCCAGCGACAUGCGACGAUUAUUGUCUGCGGCUCAUCGGGGCAGAUGCCAAAAGCAGUACGGCAGGCACUCGUCGAUGCCCUGGUACAGCAGGCGCAGAAGAGACAUGCUGAGGAGAAGCCGAACGGCAGUACCGAGCUGAUGAACUCAGAUGAGGAGGAUGAGGCCGAAGAGCGGAUUGAAUGCCAGGAGGAUGCCGAGAAGUAUCUUGCUAGGCUGGAGAAAGAAGGUAGAUACAAGCAAGAGACAUGGUCAUAGUUACGAGGACGACACAUGAACCCUGAAGGACAGAUUGGCGAUGAUUGGAUGAUAAGACAUAUUAUCGCAGGGCGAUCCCAAACAACACUUGAAAUUUUGCUUGUGAUUAUGCUAAUAGAUAUAGAUAUUGUACUUUGGAGAUGAAUCAUCGACAUCCUGAUGAACAUGAAUAUGUUGCAUACCCC